AUGCUACAGGGAAACAAUAGAGAAAGGGUUCAGGAAAUUAUAGAAGUUGUGGACGAAACACCAAAAAAAGGAACUCAACAAGAAAGAGUUCAAAAGGUUGAUCACAAUUUGGACAAAGAGACUAUUGCAAAGAAAAUGGAGAUAGACAAACUCUCGCAACCAAAAGUAAUGAAAGAUCAUACACAUGGUGACAAAGAAGUUGUACAAGAAACACCAAAGAAAAGAACUCAAGUGAAAGCUACAGUGAAUAGAGAAAGAAUUCAAAAGGAAGUUAUUGCACAUGGAAAAAAAGAAGUUUCACAAGGAAUGCUGAAAAAAAGAAUUCAUGAGAAUCUACUAGAGUACAAUAGAGAUAAAAUUCAAAAGGUGGAAAAAGUAGUUGCAAGGAGAAUACAUAUUUCUUCCAAAAAUAAGAAACCAGAGAAAUCUACUCUAUCUUUGGACACAAUGAUGUCAAAAGCUGAAUGCUCUCAAAAGCUAAACAGGGUGCCAAAAUGCCCAUCAAUGUUGAUUGAUGAUUAUGUAGAUCUUCACAAGUCAAAGGAAAUGGAUGCAACCAAGUCAAACAAUGGUGAAAAACCGGGCAGCAGCGUUAACCGUAGCUCUAAUCAAAAUCAAUCAAAAAAAGGAACUCGACAAGAAAGUGUUCAAAAUCGGGAAAAAGUCAACGAAGAAGAUGCAAUCACAAAUAGAGAAGAAGAAAAAGAAACAUCCCAAAGAAAAACUCGUGGGAAAACUUUGUGCAAAAAGAUUCAUGCAAGAACUUUGGAAGAGCGAGUAGAAGUGACCUUUAAUGAGGAUUUUCAGCCAAUUGGUCCUAGUGAAAAAGUAGUAUCUGACUUGAGCCUCUUCUUGGGAACAUUGGCUAGGAACUCAACAUUUUGUCCUCUACGUUACACCAAUUGGUCAGGAAUGCCAGAUGAUAAUAAAAACCGUUUCUGGAGAUAUACUAAUCGGAAGUUUAUCUUGCCGGUUGAAGCACGAGAUUGGAUUGAGACCACUGUUAGAGAGGCAUGGAGAAGAUAUAAGCACAAAAUUAAGAAGAAUCAUUUUUUGAAGUAUUCCAACAUGACCGAGAGACUCAAAAAUCGUCCGCCAAACGUGCCAAUAGCCCAGUUUAAGAGUCCUUGUGCUUAUUGGAGUAAGGAAACUAUACAAGCAAUCAGUGAAAAUAACACUAGAAAUAGAGCUCAACUAAAGUGGAUGCAUCGAAUGGGUCCCAAAAACUUUGCUUUGACUCGUGAAAAAGUGCGUGAAAAGGAAAAAAGAGAGCCCACUCAAUCAGAAAUGUUUGUUGAAACUCGAAAUGGAAAUAAAGGAAAGGAACUGGAUGUAGAAACUGGAAAAGUAAUUUCCCAACUUCAAGAAAUGGUUGAAAAGGAGGAAAGUGAUACAGAAGCUUUUAAAGUUUUUUUUUGGAAAGGAGUGUCCAGGCAGGAGUCAAUUAAAGAUUUGUUAGGAUUAUCUCAUGGAGAUGCUAAUAGUUCCCCAAAGGAUAUAAGACCGCAAAUGCAUUCAUCUACAUCAACUCAUGCUCCAUGUCAUGGAAAGCAAUGUAUCAAUGAAGAUGUUGAAAAGGACGAUAUAAAUGAUGAAAUUCAAGAGGACGACAUAAAUGAUAAAAUUCAAGAGGACGACCUAAAUGAUAAAAUUCAAGAGGACGACGUAGAUGACGAAUUUCAAGAGGACGACAUAGAUCUAGAUGAUGAAUUUCAAGAGGAGGAUAUAAAUGGUGAAUUUCAAGAGGACGACGUAGAUGAAGAAUUUAUGGAGGAUGACAUAUCUAACGAAUUUCAAGAGGACGAUCUGGAUGCUUUACUCCUAGAAGACAAACUUGAAUGA